AUGUCGUUUUCAUUACCAAAAAGUCCACUUUUGUCACCAAUGUCACCCAUCAUGGAAGAUGUUCUUUCCGAUUCUAAUAGUGUUAUCACUUCAGAUGAACCACUUUCACCUACAUUACAACCUCAACGUAAAUUUAGCGUAUAUAAGACAAAACCCACUACACAACUCUCAUUAAGUGUUCCUUCUACAAAAGCAUACAGUUCUUCUUCUGCUGGGUCGUCGGUAAAAAGUUUCAAUGCAAUUUCAAAUUUACUAGAUAGUAGUAUUAACGGAGAGAACCGUUCAAAGGAAAGUUCUGUAGACGACUAUCUUACCAAAAUCAUGAAUAGAUCCAACUCGGCUUCUUCAACUGAUAAUGAGUAUUUAACGUUUUGUAAGGGUUUCAUUGAUAAUAAAAAUAAUAAAAAGCGGAAUUUUUCUAGUGAACCGGAAAGUGAUAUGAGUUUGGAUUUUGAUGCGAGAAAUGAAAGUAUAGAUUCAGAUAGCUCUAUAGAAUGUAAAAUGAGUAACGGUCAUCUUGAUAUGCCAGCUAUUCCAAUAGACGAAGAAUAUUCGGGAUAUCGUCGCAAGUAUGGACAUGAAGAUCCACAAUCUGUUACUUGGUCUCGACAUCGAAAACACUUCUUUAUACUUAGUAGUUCUGGCAAGCCGAUCUAUACGCGGUAUGGAGAUGAAUCACGUAUUUCAAGUUAUAUGGGUGUGAUUCAAGCCAUUAUUUCAUUUUUUGUUGAUGCCGAAGAUUCUCUAAGAUGUAUAAAUGCGGGAAAUCAUAAAUUUGUAUUUUUACUAAAGGGGCCAUUGUAUCUUGUAGCCGUUUCCCGGACAAAUGAAUCAGAGUCUCAACUUAGAGAACAGUUAAAUUAUCUAUAUAAUCAAAUUUUGAGUGUUUUGACGUCCACUCAAUUAACAAAAAUUUAUGAGCAAAGGAUGAAUUUUGAUUUGCGUAUUCUGCUUGGAGGUACUGAGCCUUUCUUGGAUAAGCUUGCAAAUUCCAUGAGCGAUGAACCGGGGUUCAUGUUAGGUUCGAUUCAAUGCGUUAGAAUGAGCAAAGAACUACGAGAUAAAGUUGGAAAUAUUUUGCAAAUAGACCUUUUAUAUGCCAUGUUAAUAACAAAUUAUAAGCUAAUAACCUUGCUGAGACUUAAAAAACACAGUCUUCAUUCAGCAGAUCUUCACUUGGUUUUUAACAUGGUAAAUGGUUCUUCAACUUUUCGUUCGGUUGAAUCAUGGACUCCAAUAUGUCUUCCAAAGUUUAACAAUAAAGGAUUCCUCCACGCCUACGUGUGCUAUAUUACCGCAAACGUAUGUCUUCUUUUGAUAUCUCCAGACAAGGAUAAAUUUUUUGAAUUAUCUGAUGCCAAAAAUACAAUAGUUGAGCAACUCACCGCUUGCGAUGCUUUACAAGGGAUAGAAGCAGCCUCAAAAAGUGAGGGUUAUUCUAUAGCCGAUAUUGGCGUGGCAGGUUUACGACAUUUUAUAUACAAAUCAAAGACGUGUUUACAAUACACGUCACCUGCAUUUUUGGCAUCAUAUAAUAAUCCUCGUGAAAAACGAAGGUUGUUUAAAUUAUAUAGAUAUACACAUGAUCGUAUGCACUCACGUGUUCGGCCACUCAAAGUACAUUAUUAUGUGAGUCCGUCAGAAACUAUAUUAGGAUGGAUAACAGCAACAUUUGAAUUAUACGCUGCGUUUGGUCCAUUAAUAUCCAAAACAGCAUUGACAAAUUCUUCCCUCGUAUUAUUGAAAUGGAUCAAAAAAGAGGAGGAAAAUUUAUUUAUCAUGAAUUCGCCAGUCUUUUAA